AUGGUAGCAGCAGAACUUUUGAUAUCGGCUGGAUUGCUUGGUUUCGUGAACCACGCUUAUUUCAAGCGGCAUGAGCCGGAUAAUGCUCAUACGACGCUGCUCUUCCUCAUUACACAGCCCUUUGCGCUGACUUGCCUCGUCUCUGGCUCCCUUUCCGUUGCUAACGUACUCCUGACUGCAGCGACGUUCAUUGGCACACUUUCGAUCUCCAUCGUCGCUUACCGUCUCUCGCCAUGGCAUCCGCUUGCCCAUAUUCCUGGUCCUACCCUAGCGAAGGUUUCUAAGUGGUGGGGGGUAAAGCUGGCGAUUAGUGGAAACCGGGCUCGAUUCCUCAAGGAACAGCACGAUCGCUACGGAAACGUCAUAAGGAUUGGACCCAAUGAGGUCAGCAUCGUCAAUGCCGAUGCCAUACGAUCUAUCUUGGGCACCGGUGGACUGCAGAAAGGGUCAUACUAUGAACCUUUCUCCGAUGCGACUUUGCCGUCCAAGAGUAUUCUCAACCUGAAGGGCGAACUGCAUGAUAAUCGGCGUCGCAUCUGGAAUCGCGGCAUGUCUUCUGAGUCACUACGUGGUUAUGAGAGCAUUCUCGCCAUCCGACUUCGACAACUGUUGGAUCGUCUGGAUGAAAUUGCGAAGACUCCCCAGGCCGAGCUUGACAUCAAUGAAUGGAUAAGCUACUUGACAUUUGAUUUCAUGGGUGACAUGGCUUUUGGAGGCGGCUUCAACAUGCUACUCGAUGGAGGCGACAAAGACGGGAUGUGGGGUGUCAUUAGACUUGGCGUCAAAGCUACUUCAAUUCUUGCCCAUGUUCACUGGAUUGUACCGACUUUCAACAUGAUACCGGGUCUGAACGAGACCACUGAACGACUCCGACGUUUUGGCAGUGACAACGCUCGGCGUCGGGUCAAGAGCGGGCCAAAAGAAAUUCGUGACUUGUGGUAUCACUUGAUGGACGAAGAUGGCCAUGAGAGGGUCAAGCCAACUUUACCUGAGGUACUUGUCGAUGGCGUGUUUACUGUCGUUGCCGGAUCCGACGCAUCGAGUGUUGCCCUCAGUGCAUUCAUAUGGUGUAUGCUGACUCAUCCAGAUAUCUACGCAAGGGUCCAAAUAGAGGUCGAUAGCGUUUAUUCCGACCCGCAGACUGUCUUUGACUCGGAGAAACACGGAGAACUCAAGCUCCUUACAGCCUGCUUCCACGAAUCGCUCCGGCUUUACCCGCCUGUCGGUAGCGGCGGUCCUCGCCAAGUCCCAAUCGGGGAAUCACGGUUUAUCGCCGGUCAACACAUCCCUGAACACACCCAAAUAUUCCUCCCCCCUUAUGCUAUCCAUCGGUCACCCAAACAUUAUUUCCCUGCGCCAGAUGAAUUCGACCCCGAGCGUUGGCUUCGCGUUUCAUCAGAAACGGACGGGGACCCCUCCAAGGAAAUCCUCAACCACAACACCUUCCUCGCAUUCUCUUAUGGAGCUGCCAACUGCGCUGCCAAGCACCUUGCUUGGCGCGAACUUAUCAUGGUCGCGAGUGCGUUGUUUAGACGAUAUAAUUUUGAGUUUGCGAAGAACGGCACACCGCUGCAAACGACUGGGUGGGACGAGUCUUUGGGUGAUUACUACGUAACGGAAGCCGAAAAGCUCCUUGUACACAUAACUAGGCGGAACUAA